CAAAUGGUAGAGCGCUCGCUUUGCAUGCGAGAGGUACAGGGUUCGAUACCCUGCAUCUCCACUUUUUUAUAUUCAUAUUUUUUCUGUUAUUAUCCAAAGCUUGCCCGCCAAACUCAGUAGUGGAUUAGUUUUGAGGACAAUGGCGGUUCCACUGUUCAAUCUAGCUCCCAACCUCUCAGUUUCAAGGCUCUGCUUUGGAACCAUGACUUUGGGCGAGCAGAACACUUUAUCCGACUCUUUUCGUCUCCUCGACCAAGCUUUCAACGCCGGAGUUAACUUCUUCGAUUCUGCCGAAAUGUACCCAGUUCCUCAGCGAGCCGAAACUCAUGGAAGGAGCGAAGAGUAUCUUGGCCGUUGGAUUCGGGAUAGGAAGAUUUCACGUGAUCGAAUCUUCUUAGCCACUAAGGUUGCUGGACCAUCUGGGCAGAUGACUUGGAUUCGAGGUGGACCGUUGUGCUUGGAUGCUACAAAUAUCACUGAAGCCAUUGACAACAGUUUGUUAAGACUCCGGACAGACUACAUUGAUCUUUAUCAGAUUCACUGGCCUGAUCGUUAUGUUCCCAUGUUUGGAGAAACUGAGUAUGACCCAACCCGUCAGUUUUGUUCGAUUAGUAUUGAAGAACAACUCGGUGCACUUGGCAGAGCCAUUGUUGAGGGAAAGAUCAGAUAUGUUGGUCUCAGCAAUGAAACACCAUAUGGGGUUAUGAAGUUUGCUCAGGCAGCUCAAAGAGAUCCUUGCCUUCCAAAAAUCAUAUCUUUACAGAACUCAUACAGCUUGCUCUGCCGAACUUUUGAUUCUGGACUUGCUGAAUGUUGUCACCACGAAAGGAUUGCCUUAUUGGCCUACAGCCCACUUGCAAUGGGUAUACUCUCUGGGAAGUACUUCUCGCCUGAUGCAAGUCCAGGAGAUGCUCGGUUGAAUAUUUUUAGAGGAAGGUAUUCAGAAGGGGAAUCUAGAUAUAAUCUAUCCAACAAAUCCAUGGAAGCAGCUACUAUGGUAGGGUGGAUUCUUUUGAGUUUUGGUUUGUGCAUAUAGAUAAAUGAUUAUUAAUGGUCAAUCAUAGAGUAGUUUCUACAACUAGGUGUAAUCAAUAUGUAACGUGGUAGUCUAUUUUGCAAUUAUUUUCAUGUGUUAGUGUUCAGGGGUAUUAUUUUCUCAAUAAUGCGAGUAGUGUUGUUUUGUUUAAAAAUAUGUUAGUGUUCAGGGUUUCUUUCAAGGAACACCAUAUCUUUGUGCAAUACAUAUGCAUGGAAGUAUGGCAACCAACUGUUGGAAAUUCCCCAUCACUGUCUACAAUUACUGAAAAGUUUGAUUUGGGGAACUUAGUUUGGUGGAAGAAAUGAAACUUGGUGAUCAAAGUACUUGAAUGUACUGCUUGAAAAUGAAAUUGUUAAAAUGUUAAGGUCAAACUGUAAUGGCUGGAAAUAUAAGGCCCUACUUGAACAUAAACUAUUGAAAAAUAAAAUGUGGGAAACAUAAAGACAGGUAUUCAAAGUGUUGGAAAAUAAGUAGCAUAAGAAAUAGGUAUUAGAAGAUUUCAUUAAUGCAGUUCUUUACUACAAUUUAGGUUUUUAAAUUUCUGAGAACAUAAAAAUAAGAAGGGGCUUUAUAGCUCUAUACUUGCUAAACCAAUCUUGAUCAUAAACAUAGAGUACAAGGGAUAACAUUUAGAAUUAAUGCACCUAGAAGAGAAGAAAGAUUAAGACUUGGAUUGUAGAAACAAUGAUGUGCUGUGAGAUUGAUAGUUUAAUUGGAUGUGGAAGAUUCUAAUUUCAAGAUGUGAUAUGAUAUAAUGUGAUUGUACUUGUGAAUAUUAAAGAUGGUCAAAGCUAUUUAUUGUAUUGGCAUGAAAAUUUUUGGGUGAAAAAGAAAUUACAAAGUUGCUUUUGUAUUUCGUUCUGUAUGAGCAGAGUCUUGAAUUGUUAAUGAGGUGAUGACUACGUAUGAGUUGGGAAUAUGUAUAAUUUUUAAACUUUGUAAUGAUAACAGAAGUAAAGAAAAUGAAGGAGAAUAUGGUUGCAGUAAUAUUUUAAGAAAAACCAGAACAAUUGAAUGAAAAGAAAAAAUAUAAUGACCCCAAGAAAAAUUGUGGGGUAUACGUGUAUGGUCUGAUUUUUGUGUAUCUCUUCUGAAUUGUCCAUUUUGGUGUGGAAGACAUCUAUUCAUAAGUGUUUGGUUUCCGCUCCAUUAAGUAUCGUUUUGUUACCUUUCUAAUGUUUUCUAGUAACGGAGUGCUUUUAGAAGUCCAGUGGAGUUUCUUUAAGGUGGUUGGCUUGGCACAUUGUAUUGUUAGUAUAUACCCUAGACAAGUGACAGUGACAGUUUAAGGUGGUUGCAGAUUUUAACAACUACACAUUCAUUUCUUUAACUAGCUUCUUUUUAAUUCUAGUAUCUUUCUAAAGGUAUAAAUGAACUUUGAUACCAAAUCAACAUAUGACUACAAAAAACUGGCAAUGAAAACAUCCAGAGUGUUGUUCAGACGAAAUCUUUCAUUCGAAAAAUGUGGUUUCCUUGUUGAUAUCAUGUCCUAAUCGUUUCAAAUGCUCUCUUUUCGUAUUAUUUCCACUAAUAUUUGUAUUCUGACUGUGUU